AUGCCUAAGUCACAUUCAUCUAAGACUGACGACCCAACUAAUCGAAAAGGUCGCCCUGCUACUCCAUCACUAAAUAAAAAUACAGGUCUCCAACUUCACAUACCCUCAUCUCAGCACAAUAAUGCACCUCUCGGCGGCGACAUAGGUGAGUUCAACUGCAAAUCAUGCAACAAGGUCGACGACUCGUAUAUGGUCAUGUGUGACAAAUGCGACGACUGGCAUCAUUAUAGCUGUGUCAAAGUUACCUCAUCUAUCUCCGAAAAAGAUUGGUUAUGUCCAAAGUGUUCCAAGGUCGCUGUCGAUUUAUCGAAAGAGCCAUCUGUGUCAGGUGUAACCUUUGCGCAAAAGGGUGACAAGACACUUACUUCUGAAAAGAAAAAUGAGAAAACUUUGUCAAGUAGUCAUGGACAACAAAAAUCUUCUUUUCAAGAUGGACAAAUUUCUGUAAAAAAUAAAUCAAGAUCGGUAGGUUCAACAAACUCAGUUAAGUUGAGUUUAAAGAGACUAGAAGAGGAAAGAAUUUUAAAGAAGCAGCGUGACCAGGAGUAUCUUGAUGCUAAAUAUGCACUUCUCGAGCAACUGUCAGAUAAUGAAAAUGACGACAUCGAUCAGGGCAAUUCUCGUCUGCAAGAUUGGGUUAGCGAGCAGUCAGUACACAAGGCAGUUGUUACAGAGCAGGUUAUAUCACCUGCUCCGACACACAUCCCUCAAAGUACAACUAUUUUUCAGAACGGUAAUAUUCCUCCAAAUGACACCUGGAUUGGAACUAAUAAGCACGCAAUACCAGAAAAUCGAAGUCAAGGGGCUCAAAGACAGAAUAUGCAGUUUCCACCUUCUAAUACGUUUCCCCCAGAAAUUAUCACACAUUCAACUGGAGAUGCUCUAGGUCCUGGCCAUUACUAUGAUCGAUUUCUACCUAGUGAUGCUCCGAAUCUCAACAGUCAACAAAUUGCAUCAAGGCAUAUAAUGCACAAAGAACUUCCAAGUUUCUCUGGUCGACCUGAGGAAUGGCCGUUGUUCAUAAGCUGUUUUGAAAACUCAACUCGCGUAUGCGGACUUUCGAACGACGAAAAUCUUAUUCGUCUACAGAAGAGUUUGAAGGGUAAGGCAUUAGAGUCUGUACGAGCUCAGUUACUGUAUCCCCACCAGCUACCUAACAUAAUUUCGACUUUGCGCAUGCUAUUUGGCCGCCCAGAAGCAAUCAUAAAUUCAUUGGUAGCAAAGAUCAGAUCUGAACCUUCACCAAAAAAUGAAGAACUGGAUUCUCUAAUUAACUUUGCGUUGUCCGUCCGUAAUAUUGUGGCUACUAUGGAAACCAGUGGUCUACACUCACAUCUCAAUAGCCCAUACUUACUUCAAGAGUUAAUUCAGAAGUUGCCUUAUCAAACAAAGUUAAACUGGGGAAUGUACAAAGUGGGAGCAGAAGUGCCGGUGAAUCUUUCCAUGUUUAGUAACUGGUUGUACAGGGUUGCUGAAGGUGCAUGUCAGGUGGCAGAGAUAAGCUUUUCAAAAACAUCUGAGCACAAAAACGAAAGAAAGAAAUCACAUAACAUCCCGAUACUAAAUUUGCAUCAACAUCCAGUUACUUCGGAUACAAAUAAACCUGAUAAAAGGUGCGUCGUCUGCAAAGGCAACUGCCGGCUUGUAGAGCAAUGCAGCACAUUUAAGGCACUCGCUCUGAAAGAAAAAUGGAACGUAGUUAAUCGAAACUUCCUUUGUCGCACAUGUCUGGUAAAUCAUAAUAGACGGAGAUGCAUAUCUGAAAAAACUUGUGGGGUGAAUGGUUGUACAUACAAGCACCACCACUUGUUGCAUAAGUACACUGAGUCAGCUGCUCCACAUGAAGAUCAAAAAUGCAAUGCUCAUGCUGCGAAAGAAAAUCCAAUACUUUUCAAGAUUUUACCUGUUACGUUGUACAACAAUGAAAACCAAGUACAUACUUACGCGUUUUUAGAUGAUGGUUCGUCUGUCUCUCUGAUUGAAUCUAAAAUAGCGGAAGAGCUGGGAUUAGAUGGUGAAAAGAAUCCAUUAUGCCUUAAUUGGACAUCAGGUAUUCAGCGAUCAGAAGAAGAUUCUAAAGUCGUUAAUCUACAGAUAUCUGGAUAUAAGUCUACCAAAAUCUUUCCGCUUCUUCAAGUUCGAACUAUAGAUUCACUUGAAUUACCAUUUCAAACCAUGGACUUUGAUGACAUUCAGAAACGCUUCAAGUACUUGCAAGGUAUUCCUGCUAGGUCGUAUCAUGAUAUUCAACCUCGAAUACUAAUCGGACUUGACCAUUGCAAUUUAGUUAACUACCAAAAAAUCCGAGAAUCAAAUGUCGAUGAGCCUGUAGCUGUCAAAACACGUUUAGGGUGGGCAGUUUUCGGACCACACAGAAAUAAUAAAAAUGGCAAAGUUAUUCACAUUGAGCAUAUAAGUUGUUUUAUAUGUGAUUGUCAGGUUAAAAUUGAUGAACGACUCAACGAGCUUGUAAAAGAAUACUUCCAAAUCGAAAAUAUCGGUUCAGUACAAAAUAAGUCUCUAAUGAAUUCAAAUGACAAAAAGGCCCAAGCUAUUUUGGAUGGAAGUACAAUCAACAAAGGAAAAAGAUACGCCGUUGGUUUACUUUGGAAGGAUGAAAAUACUAUCUUACCCAACAACAGGUCACUAGCUGAACGUAGGCUUAUAUGUCUUGAAAAGCAACUUAAAAGAAAUCCUUUACUUGAAGACAAACUGAAUAAACAAAUCGCCUAUUAUGUAGAGAAGGGAUAUUCCCGAAAGAUUACAAAGAACGAACUGCUCGACACAAGCUUAUCUAGAAUCUGGUAUCUACCAAUAUUUCCGGUGGUCAAUCCUAAUAAACCAGGUAAAAUUCGUCUAGUGUGGGAUGCAGCCGCAACCUAUUCUGGAAUAUCUCUCAACUCAAAGCUUCUUACCGGUCCCGAUACAUUACCUGCUCUUUCCGAUGUUCUCUUCCGUUUUCGCCAACGCAAGUUUGCCAUUUGUGGCGAUAUUAAAGAAAUGUUUCACCAAAUUGAAAUUCUGGAAUCCGACCAACACGCCCAACGCUUUCUCUGGAGAAACAAAGACACUGGUCGAAUCGAAGAUUAUCUGAUGCGAGUGAUGACUUUUGGCUCUACAUGCUCGCCAUACUGCGCUCAGUACAUUAAAAAUAAGAAUGCUUCGGCAUACCUUUCGCAACAUCCUAGAGCAGUGGAAGCGAUAAUAAAAAAUCAUUAUGUGGAUGAUUAUCUAGAUAGUUUGGACACGGAAGAAGAGGCAGUGUUAUUGGCUAAAGAAGUGAUUAGCAUACACGAAAGCGGUGGAUUCCAAAUCCGGAACUUUAUAAGCAAUUCAAAUAACAUCCUCGAGAAGCUUGGUGAUAGGUCAGCAAAAUUCGAUAAAAUUUUCGAAAGCCGAAAAGGACUUAACGAGUCUGAGAAAAUUUUAGGAAUGUGGUGGUCCCCAUCCGAAGAUUUAUUUUCAUUUAGCUGCAGCCUACAUAAAUUAAGCGAUGAAGUCUGGAAAGGUCAAAAGGCACCCACGAAGAGAGAAAUUUUAAGGACACUCAUGAGUAUCUUCGAUCCCCUGGGGCUGAUUUCAAAUUUUCUGGUACUUCUGAAAAUCUUGCUUCAGGAAAUAUGGCGGAGUAAUGUAGAAUGGGACGAACAAAUAAAAUUUGAGCAUUUUCAAAGCUGGUGUCAGUGGCUUCAACUCUUACCAAAAAUAGGCAUGCUAAAAAUCAGGAGGCCCUACCUAUUCGAAAUAAGUUCCUACGAUAAAUGCCACGUCGAGCUUCACACCUUUGUAGAUGCAAGCAUGUCUGCGUAUGCUGCAGUUGCCUAUUUACGUGUCGUAAAAGGGGAACAAAUCGAAUGUAGCUUAGUAGCCUCCAGAACAAAAGUCUCUCCCUUGAAACUUAUAUCAGUUCCACGUCUAGAACUAGAAGCUGCCGUACUUGGAGUGAGGUUGGCCAAAUCGAUCAAAAGAGGACACAGCGUGGAAAUACAUAAACGUUAUUUUUGGUCAGAUUCGAAAACCGCACUUAGCUGGAUAAAGAACGAUUGUAGGCGAUUUAAACAAUUUGUAGCUUUUAGAGUUGGUGACAUCCUAGAAGAAUCUAAUCCCAAAGAAUGGCAAUGGAUCCCAACCGGUGAAAAUAUUGCCGAUGAGGCCACAAAAUGGAAUACCAAACUUGAUCUUCAGUCCGAUAGUCGUUGGUACAAGGGUCCUCUAUUCCUAUGCCUACCAGAGGAUAAUUGGCCAAGAGCAAUCGAUAAGUUUUCCACAAAUGAAGAGGUUAGGGUACUUAUUCAUCAACUCGCCGAUCCAUCGUACAUCAUUGACUGUGAGAGAUUUUCUAAAUGGAAGCGCCUUAAGAGAUCAAUGGCAUAUAUGCUUCGUUUUGUUAAUCUCUCAAGAUGGGGCAAGGAACUAUUAGAGGAUGUCUCUUUAACCCCAAAAGAAAUCGUUGCUGCAGAAAACUUCCUUUACGGACUCUGUCAAUCCCAAUCGUUUUCAAAAGAGUGGUGUGUACUCAAGAAAAACAAGUAUGGUAACGCAAAAAAUAUAACGCUGGAAAAAUCAAGCCCUUUAUAUAAGACAAGCCCAUACAUGGACUCAAACAACGUUAUUAGAAUAAAAGGUCGUAUAGACGCAGCAGAGCACGUCAACAAUGCUUGCAAAAGACCUAUCAUCCUGCCUAAUAAUCACAGAAUUACCCUUCUCAUAAUUCAAGAUUAUCACGAAAGAUUUCAGCAUAGAUUCUCUGAAACUGUUGUCAACGAAAUCCGUCAAAUAUUCUUCAUACCAUCACUUAGAGCCACGGUGAAAAAAGUCGAACUAGGCUGUCAGGUGUGCCAAAUUCGUAAAGCAAAACCUGAACCCCCAUUGAUGGCUGACCUACCUCCUGCAAGACUCAAGUCAUUUACGAACCCAUUUUCUUAUGUGGGUGUCGAUUACUUCGGGCCUAUGUUUGUCGCUGUGGGGAGACGUCUGGAGAAACGUUGGGGGGUUCUAUUUACCUGUUUAACUAUCAGAGCCAUCCACAUAGAGGUCGCACACAGCCUGUCUAGUGACUCCUGUAUUCUCGCGAUUAAACGCUUUUGUUCCAGAAGAGGCAAACCUGUUGAGCUAUGGAGUGACAACGGCACUAAUUUUAAAGGGGCAAACCAAGAACUUAAGAACGCAGUUGCUAGCCUAUCGAAUAGUAACGAUCUAUCAGAGAAAGUCAUGAAUCAGGGCAUAAACUGGAAAUUCAUCCCACCAGCUUCUCCUCAUAUGGGAGGGAGCUGGGAGCGCCUGGUUCGCUCAGUUAAGGAAAAGCCUUGGGUCAAAUAA